GAGAGGCGCCUCGCGCCUCCCCUGUGGCCCCUGCUGCCAUAGGCGUUUGUGGGGACCGGGCUGCGCCCGCGAGGAACAGUGUCUCCCGGGAGACACCGGCCCUCGUCGCCUGGCGCCCCAUCAUCAUCGUCAUCAUCAUCUGAAAGCUGCUCCCUGCUACCUGGAAGGCAGAGCAAAACAGGGGUCAUAGUCCGGCUGGUGCAUGAGCAGGCAUGCAGGACUGAGGAAUCACAGCGGAAAUGAGUGAUGGAGACUGAUGCACUACGUUGCUGGAAAUGUAGAAAAUACAUAGCAAGUUCUGCUUGCCUUAUAAAAUGUCAUGGAAAAGAACCAUUUAAAACACCUCAACUUUCAGCUGUUGCUCAGGAAACUUGCAACAUAUGGCAUUUGAGCUUAGAAGCCAUUCCAGAGUGGGUAAAAUGCGCUAUUGAAAAGGCACAGUGGACAAUUGGAAAACUACACUGUCCCUUCUGUGAGGCCCGCUUAGGGGGCUUUAACUUUGUUUGCAACACAAAGUGCUCCUGUGGACUGUCUGUAAAUAUACAUUUCUGCAAGAGUCGGACUGACUAUCAGGCAGCCUUUGCUGCUGAAGCGGCAAAACAAGCAGCAAAACACUUGACGCUCCGCAAAAUUCAGACUGGUUUUAACAGGGAUCCCCGCCACAAACUGGUAUCUGCAGCUUUGGAAAUCAAAAAUCAAGGGUUUUCAUACAUGGCCAGAAAUAAUAAUGGUAAUGGAAGAUUAACGGAAGCACUUUGUCUGGAAGUAAGAUCAUCCAGUUUUGAGAUGAAGAGUAAAAGACUUCCCUUAGAUACAUUAAAUCAAAGAAAAAAACGUUUUGCUGCCUGGCCUGUGAAUGAUGUAUGCACUGUAAAAGCUCUUCACAGAAGAUCACGCAGUUUGGAUUUAAAUAUCAGAGAGAGUCUUGUUUUGUUGCCUGCUUUAUAUGGAACUUCCAGUGUGGGAACUAUUUGCCGUGGCCAGAAUGAAAAUCCACCUGUUUACACAAGAUGUGACUUGCAGUUAGAGUCCAAUCAGAAAGGUGAGACUGCUUUUCAGAACCAGUAUUGUUCAAAUGCUGAUCAACUACAGAAAAGGUUUCAAGUUACCUCCUUUAAUGCAUUAGUGCACAGGGAAAGAGAAAGCGAAUGUGAUUUUGAAGCUGCUGGACAAUAUUCUGGGAGUGCCAUCGCGGAUCAGUCACCUUUUGUGAUGAACCUUUCCUCAUCUACAAGUGCUGUAGAAGAAGAACAGCACGGGGCACCUGUUGGUCCUGUGCAACCUGCAAGUAUUUCCUUAAACCAAAAGCUGAGUAAGAGAGAAAGAAACAAGUUGAAAAGCUUAAGGAGAAAACAAAGAAGGCGAGAACGGUGGCUACAGAAGCAGACUGCAAAUGAUAACCUGCACACAGAUGAUGAGCAUGAAUUCGGAGGAGACAAAGAAAGCUAUCUCUGUGCAGUGUGCCUGGAUCUUUAUUUCAAUCCUUACAUGUGCUAUCCCUGCCACCACGUCUUCUGUGAGCCUUGCCUAAGGACGCUUGCCAAAGACAAUCCAGCCAGCACUCCAUGCCCACUGUGUCGCACUACAAUUGCCAGAGUCUUUUUCCAAGCAGAACUGAACAACUCUACCAAAUCUUUUUUUCCUACGGAAUAUUUGAAAUUAAAAGAAAGUUUUCAAAAAUCAAAUUCUGCAAAAUGGCCUCUACCAAGCUGCAAGAAAGCUUUCAGAGUUUUUGAAGCAGGUUUUCAAAGACGCUCAGCUACUGUAACAAGGAGGCAUUUCCCACAUGCUGCUCACAGGAUGGACUACAUGGACUUUGAGGAUGAUAGCCGGGGAUGGCGGUUUGAUAUGGACAUGGUGAUAAUCUACAUUUAUUCUGUCAACUGGGUAAUAGGUUUUAUUGUGUUCUGUUUCCUUUGUUACUUCUUUUUCCCUUUUUAGUUUGUAUUCAUUACAAUUCAAGACAAGAGCAGUCAUGCGAACCAUGAUAAAGUGAAUAAAAACAAUCUAAAAAAGGCAAAAAUGUUUGACAUUGCAUUUUGAUCAUUAAGAAUUGUAAUAGACUGCAUCAAGUAUGCUGUAGGGGUAUCUCCUUGAUAGUUCUGCUGUUUGUGGCAAAGUAUUUGAAUAUGGUUCCAAAUAUAACUUGAGAUGAAGAUCAUACUUAAUUCAGUAGGAAGUUUGCCCCAAACGUAUAAGAUAAUUAUUAUGUACAAAUAUACAGUACUGUUUGUUCUUAGGGGAGUUCUGUCCCUUGCAGCAGAACAUGAUCCAUAGGGUCAUUUAGGGGGUUGAGUAUUGGCACGUUGCAACCAUAAGCAAAUCACAGUUGCUUCAGUUCCUCAAAACCAAGAUGAUCUCCAUUUACAGUCAGAUUUUUGGGGGAUAGUAGAGUAUAAGCACAGGAGUGCUGCACUGCACAUUAUAUAGACAUUUGUCAGAGCUCUUUCUAUAGCUUAAUCCAAAUUCAAGGGAAUUUUGACAAUUGAUAGACCUGUCCAUGUUCUGCUGUGGGGUUCGCUGCACUCAGUGCCUGAUAUUCUGAGCUUGCUAACCCGGAAGAGAAACUAUACCACACAAUUGGCUAACAGUUCAUCUUUUCAACAAAUGGCAAUUAUAGCAAAUCAGCUAAUCACCCCAACUUCUGCACAUUAAGGGGACCCUUUUUGCCCAGGUUUCCAGAGUAGCACUAUUCCCUUUUUUUCCUCUCCAGAUCACUGCAUGUGGGUCUAGGAAGACACAGAGCUAAAGGAAUGGCUGUGAUGCCAUUAACCCCAGUAAAAGGGGGUUACAGGAGAGAUAAGUGUUCUUUGGUUUUAAUUUGGCCUAUGCAUGUCCAUACGGAAUUCAUCCCUUUUUUUAAUUACUGUAACGAUUUGAGGAUACCCCUAAGUGUGGGCUCACCAGUACUGUGUGUCUCUAGGAAAUCAUGCAAGAGGACACAGUAGUUAUUUGCACCUUUCAUGUAAACAGAUGCUAAAGCACUUUAUAGUUUGUGUAUGUAAAGAUCGCGGGGUUACAGUAACCAACUGCAGCCGCUUCAGCAUUUGGUCCAUCCUUGCAGACAUCAAGUGCCAAAGACCAGUACACAUCAGUUAAAGAGCUUUCCUUUCAGGAAAGUGCAAAGAAGGGGCAUAAUUCAACAACGAGCACUGCAAUUCAAUCCCGAGAAGCAUGUGCAUGUAUGUAUGUAGCUCCUUGUGUGGGAGACCUGUGGUUUCUCCGUAGGUGGUGUACUCCCCUGCUCAAGCAGAGAACAAAGAAAUGUGUUGUGGAAGGUGCCAUCUGCCAACUGCGAUGGCACGGAAUGAGAUCAGCGCUUUUAGCAGGAUGCUGAACACGGAGCAUGUGCUCAGGCUUCUGUGCCGAAGCACGGCGAGCUCAGGCUCCUGUGGGCUACGCAGGGAUCACAGCCUCUCGUUUAACCCGACAAACAGCAGUCAGGCUGCUACUUAGUUUUCCUUACGCGCUGCAAAAAUAAUUGCUCUAACUCUUUGAGAAUAUAUGUGAAGUAAAAAUGACCAGUCGAGCUACACUAAUUUAAGUAAGUACUUUUCAUCAUCGUUUCUUUAAUGUAUACAAACCUAAAGGAAAUAUAAUAAUUUAAACUCACAAUCACGCUGUAGGCAUGAUCAUGAGAGAAAUCAUUUUUAUGUAAAUUCAGUAUAUCCAGUUACUUCACAUAGAAAAGAUUGGCUCUGUUACUGGUGGCAUUAGACAUAGUAUAUUAUAAGUUUAAGGUUGUACUAAAACUUAUGGCAAAUUUCUUCUUUAUAUUGAUAUAAACAAGUCUUUAAAAAGCUAGUUUUUUAUUGUCAUAGUUUCAGGUUUUGGUGUAAGACCCUAUGCUCAAAAAUUAUCAAAAAUUUUAAACAUUUUUUGCGUCUCUACCAGGACUGGGAUUCUAGCUGCAUUUUUUGUUUGUCUCUCUUUAAUCUUCACUUACAUACUGAUAGUCUGAAACUUCAAAAAUAAUUUAAAAUAAUUUAAUUUAGGAUAUGUAAUAAAUAUCCUUAAUAUUCCAGAAUAUAUUGAAAAAUAAAACCCAUAAUAUAGAUAUCACUAAUUGUAUAGAAAUAGAAUUGCUUCUUUCAUUUUUAAUAGCAUGGAUUUGUUGUGAAAAAUACAAGAUGGAGAGUCAAAAAUCCAAUGUAAUAUUGGCCCUUUUUAUACAUUUACAACAAGAAUUAUUAAACGAGGCUACAUUUUCCUAAAUUUAGUCAGGAUAACAAUUUUGUAUGACAUUUCAAAUAAAUACUUUUAUAGAAAUACAGUAGGAAUUUGAAGGCUCAAACUUGUUUUUUCAUUGAAUCCUGCCAGUGAAAUGCUGUAGAUAUCUGUGGGAGCAAGAGUAGGUUCUGUGUAAGCA